AUGGCACUACAGGCUGAUCUGCCACAAGGUGCUGGAUAUGCGGUCAUCAUAGGCCUAGGUCUGUUCUUCGCAGUGCUGAUGAAUGUCAUCACCUGGAUCCAGAACAAGUAUACUCGAACUCACUCUGAUACUGUUGAUGAGUUCACAGCCUCCUCGAGAAACGUCCCCUUCGGCUUAAUCUGCUGUGGAAUUGUCUCUUCUUGGACCUGGUCCUUGACCUUGCUCCAAAGUGCAACCGAAUCCUACAAUUUGGGCAUCAACGGCUCCUACUACUACGCCAUCGGUGGUCUUGCACAGGUUGGUGUGUUUUCAAUCAUCGCUGCAAAGGUCAAGGCAAAUGCCAACCUUGUCACGACAUUCCCGGAGAUGGGUUAUUUCAGGUAUGGAACAGCCGGUCACCUAGCGUUCCUAUGGUGUGCCUUUGUAUGUAACUCGGUUGUUUCUGCCUGUAUUCUCCUUGGUGGCUCAUCCGUGGUUUCUGCUGUCAGUGGAGUCGACUACUACGCCUCCAUUUGGCUGAUCUCAUUCGUGUGUGCAAUCUAUGUGUUCUUUGGUGGCUUGAGAGCAACUUUCAUCGCAGAUGCCAUCCAUACGUUCAUCCUCCUCAUCUUCAUCAUGAUCUUCGCCUAUGUCGUUUAUGCUGGUGACUCUUCCAAAAUUGGGUCACCAGGUAAGAUGGUGGAGCUUCUGACUAAGGUUGCUGAAGUAUCGCCAAUUAGUGGUAAUUACCAGGGAUCAUAUCUCACCUACCAGUCCAAAGACGGUGCCAUCUUUGCCGUGCAAUCAGUCAUCACCGGGUUUGGUCUCGUGAACUGUGACCAAGCAUACUGGUCUCGUGCUGCUUAUUACUCCCGUGCACUUGCCUCCAGAGAGAUGUCGAGCUCAUCCCUGUGCUUUACUGCAGUUUGUUGGUUGAUUAUUCGUUUCACACUGUAUAUGAACCCUGGAACACCACUAUUACCAGAUAAGGACCUCAAAGCCGGUCUAGAAUCUGUCGCUUCAGUACAGUACCUCUUGGCUCAAGUAGGCUCAGCUGUGUUAUCAUUACUGGUCUUCAUGAGUGCCACCUCUUCAUUUUCCGGGGAAUUGGUUUCAUCUUCUAGUUUGAUCUUCUGUGAUGCAUAUGAGAAGUACACCAGGCUGAGAGAUGUCGUCUCAAACUGCUGUUAA